AUUCGGCAGCAAAAGGAGGGAAAGUACAGCUCCAGCAGUUGCAGAUGCUCGACAGCCUCCAUUUCCGCCGCGCUUAGGCUUUGUGCUGCAACUCCGCGAGCGAGCAUCGCCUUCAGUCCCGAGGAGAUGUCGAACGAGAACGCCGUCGCCGAUGCCUCGUCUCAAGAACAAAUCACGGAGGCACAGAUGGCUCGAAUCUCCCAGAAGUUCCGAGCUGCCAAGGCCCUCCUCGCUCGCAAGCGCCCCUCCCUCUCCCCCGCCUUCCCCGAUCCACUCCGCCGCCGCCGCAGGUUCGAAAAUGGGAUCCCGCAUUCCCCGCUGUCGAGCGUCCGGAGAAUUCCUCUUUCGGAGAUCUCGACGAACAUGCCGUUAGAUGGCGGUCUCGGUGAGGUUAAGUCGGUGGACGAGAUUCGAGAGGCGAGGAUUAGUGUGCAGGACGGUUGCGAAUUGGAUUCUUAUAGGACUCCGGUGAGACAAGCCGAAUGCUGCGGCGUAGGUGAUUCGUUCUCGAAUUGUAGCAUUCUAGAUGAUGCUUUCGACGAUGUCCUCCUGGAAGAGCUCGAUGCUCUGUCGGAGGGCAAAUCCUCGGCAUGCGGGGCAGGAGAUCGCAGUGGCCCCGUUCGAGGGGAAUCUUCAGCUCAAAUUAGCUACCCUGCUGAUCUUGACGCCGGUGCCGCUUUUGUUGCUGUUGACGACAACACUGGGAGCGGUGAGCAAAGAAGUCCUCCUGAUGAUGAUGACUUUAGAGUUGGAAAGAGCACGAGCAUGCCUGAAGGGUACUCGAAAUACUUGGGUUCUCUAAAUGAGAGGCAACAAGAAGCGGCUUGCACUGAUAUCUCUGUUCCUUUGAUGAUUGUUGCUGGUCCAGGCAGUGGAAAGACCUCAACUAUGGUUGGGCGCAUUUUGACAUUACUUAAUCAGGGUCUUGAUCCUUCAAACAUUCUAGCAAUGACUUUCACCACUGCAGCUGCUUCUGAAAUGAGAGACAGAAUUGGAACUAUUGCUGGGAAGGAAGCAGCUAAAGACCUUACAAUCAGCACAUUCCAUUCAUUUUCUUUGCAACUCUGCCGUAGUCAUGCUGAAAAGAUAGAGCGUACACCAGAUUUUCAGAUAUUUGGCCAUGGACAACAGAGAAAAGCAGUCAUUGAGGCCAUAAGAUUGUUAGAACAAGAAAAUAGCAAACAAAAUGAUGAUGUUGGUGACCUUUCUGAAGAUCCCAAUGGCUUGACAUCUCCACGGCUGUUCAAGGAUAGAUCAAAGAAGUGGCAGAAGUUUGUUACUCAGGCUAAAGCUUCUGGAAAAACACCUCCAGAUUGCAGUAAGUCGGGCAAUGAUACUGGAGCUGCAAUUCUUCACAACUACAAUUAUAUAUUGAGAUCUUGUAAUGCUUUGGAUUACCAUGACCUAAUUAGCUGUUCCGUGAAGUUGCUCGCUGAUUUUCCAGAAGUGCUCAAGGAAUGUCAGGAUAUGUAUAAGGCCAUCAUAAUAGACGAGUUCCAAGAUACAAGUGCCAUGCAGUAUAAUCUCUUGCGGAUUCUUGCAUCUCAUAACCGCAUAACUAUUGUUGGAGAUGAUGAUCAAUCAAUAUUCAGUUUUAGUGGAGCGAAUAUAUCUGGGUUUGAUUCUUUUCGUGAAGACUUUCCAAUGCAUAAAGUGAUUAGAUUAGUCAAAAACUAUCGUUCCACAAGGUGUAUUGUCGAGGCUGCAUCAUCUCUUAUUAAAAAUAAUGUGAAGAGGCGCCAAUGUAAGAAUGUCCUCACUGACAAUUCCACAGGAUCUAAGAUUACUGUCAAAGAAUGUCGCAAUGAGGAUGCGCAGUGUACAUUUGUUAUUGACAAGAUUCUGGAAGUCACGUCUAGUGGUUCCACUGCUAAUUGCUCUUAUGGAGAUAUUGCUAUCCUUUACCGUAGGCAGGUCUCUGGGAAACCAUUCCAAAGUGCCUUUCGAGAAAGAAAAAUUCCUUUUAACGCGCAUGGUGUGGCCUUUUACAGGAAAAAGGUAGUUAGAGCCAUAAUUGCUAUGCUCAAGUCAGCAGUGCCUGGCUGUGAUGAUGGUCCAUAUCGACAAGUCUUGAAGGUUUUGCUUCCUUUUGAGAAAGAGGAAAAGAAGAGGGUAAUUAACCAUAUAGACAAGAUAUCAACUGUGAGGAAGUGCAGCUUCAUAUCCGUUGCCUCUGACAUCUUCAGUGCAAAAAUUUCCGGAACAUUUAAGAGGAGUCAACUUACGCAAGGACGCAAGGUGUUGUCAACUCUGGAGAUGAUAUCUAGACUAGUUCGCAUGGAGCAAUCGAUUUCCACUGUGAUAGCUUCAGUGGCAAAUAUGAUUCCACAGAAGUAUCUCCUUGAGCAACGAGCAGUUCUAGAUGUGGAUGGAGGGAAGCUGCUGAAUGAAGACAAUGACCUUAGAUCUGUUCUUCAGUUUCUACUGGAUGAUGUGUCAAGCUUUUUAUCAACUCGUGCACUUGCUGCAGAAGGCAGUAUAGAUGCAAAAGAAGAAGUAGGAGGCUGUGGCAAUGUGCUCAAAGCUUUUCUUGACCAUAUAUGUGAGAGAGAAAGGGAAAAUUUUCGUUCUCGGAGACAUGACAAUGAAAAUUCCAUAACAUUGACCACUAUUCAUCAGUCAAAAGGCUUAGAGUGGGACAUUGUUUUCAUAGUGAAGGCAAAUGAAUCUGAGAUCCCACUGUUACAUGAAUUUGACGGUGCUACUACGGAGAUUGGGACUUCGGUGGAGGAGGAAAGGCGCCUAUUAUAUGUGGCAAUGACUCGUGCCCGACAAAAACUUUUCAUUUUGUAUGUUAUGAUGGACACUAGUUGGCAGAUGUUGCAACCGUCACGUUUUCUGAGAGAACUCCCAGUUCAUCUUCUAGAUGUUCAAAUUGAAUUGAGUGCAAAAGAUUUAAAACCAAAAGAUCAAGUGACUUCAAAGGACAAUGCGGACUUUCCCAUCAUUUGUACAAGAGAAGCACAAGGUCCUGAUGCUGAACUGUUGCCCUGUGAGCACAGCUAUCAGAAUGACAUGGCUACCAAGGAUUCAGGUGCUUCGGUGGACAUUUAUGAUGGAAAUAGUUUCUUGAAAAGAUUCAAUGUUGAGGACAGAUCAUUUGUUUCUCAUAUGUUCCAUCAAUGGGCCAAAAAGCAAGCUUUUAAAGAUCCCAAAAGGUUGCUUGAUAAGGUUGGUUUCGUGAUCGAUGAGCGGCUGAGGAUCAAUAAGAACAAGCACAAGGAUCUCCUGCAUGCAUUGAAAUGUUGCUUGAAGGCUGAUGAUGCGAUUCACUAUGCACAAUAUGUUUUGAGGUGGGAAGAAAUGCCUGCUGUUGAACGUGCUCAUUUGUCGCGGGAGAAACAGGAGCACUUCCAGAAACUAAAGAUAGAGAAGUGUAUGGGUUCGGCAGCACCAACAUCAAAGCAGAUGUCUUAUCUGCAAAAGUUGGGAUGUACAAUUGCCCCUACAUCACGCCUCCAUGCUUCUAGACUGAUUGAGCAGUACAAAUCACUGUAAAUGAAGUAUAGCCUCGGAUAAGAUGGACCGCUGCCCGCGGAUGCAAUGACCGAUAAAAUGUGUGAAUUGGCUUGAGUGAGUUCAGUCAAAAGAUUACGAGGCAAGGAGCACCGCCAGCGCCAGACGCGUUGAUUGGGUGAUGAGCGACAAUGUCAUUCAGCUAUCUGCUUGUUCCUUGAUGACUUUGCUAUUUAACGCAAAUGCAAUCUUACGAUUGUAGUACCUUUGUAAUGAUGUAACAAAUUUGGGAGUCGGUCUGUACAGCAACAUUCAAGUUUAGCAGCGACAAUUGAAUCGUAAAUGUUGCAAGUAAUGCAAAAUUUUGAUUAUUUGAAAAGAGAAUGGACUGAUUUAGCCUUUAGGCACUUUUCAA